UAGCUAUAGUAUUCGGGCUCGCUGAAAGACUACGAGGAGGUGGCGGAAACCAGUCCAAACCCAAGCCACCUAAUCCAGACUCUACCGUCCAACAGAGCAACCAGCAGCCUUCCACCGCCCAACAGAGCGAUACUGGAAGAGUAAUCGACCCGACAGGCGAGAACGCAGCGAGGUUUAGAGAACAAAUCGAAGCCGAGCGCGCCCAUGGCAUAAAACCACAGAUGAUGGCUCCCCCAAGGUUCGGACACGCUACCGCUGGAAGACUGCAUGGCACGAAUAGCGACGAGAACAAGCAAGAAUUAUGA